AUGGCGGGGCCGUCGGGCCGAGGCGGAGAAGAGGCAGGCACAGCAAAGGCAGAAAGUUUCAUUAAGUUCACCAUUGAUUUUUCUGGAUUUUCCCCAGCAAACCGCAGAGCCAGAAGGCGCUCCUAUACUAGCGAGGAUGAAGCUUGGAAGUCUUUCCUGGAGAACCCUCUCACUGCGGCCACCAAAGCGAUGAUGAGCAUCAACGGGGACGAGGACAGCGCGGCUGCGCUCGGCCUGCUCUACGACUACUACAAGGUCCCGAGGGAGAGACGGUCAUCCACGGCAAAGCCAGAGGUUGAACACCCAGAGCCAGAGAACAGCAAAAGAAACAGCAUCCCAAAUGUGACUGAACAGCCCCUCAUUGCUGCCGGAGAAAACAGAGUGCAGGUCCUGAAAAACGUGCCCUUUAACAUCGUCCUUCCCCACGGCAACCAGCUGGGCGUCGAGAAGAGGGGCCAUCUGACUGCGCCGGAUACUACAGUCACGGUCUCCAUAGCAACCAUGCCUACACACUCCAUCAAGACGGAAAUCCAGCCACAUGGCUUUGCUGUGGGAAUCCCCCCCGCAGGGUAUCACCCCGAGCCCACGGAGCGCGUGGUGGUGUUCGACCGGAAUCUGACCGCAGACCAGUUCAGCUCGGGCGCUCAGCCUCCCAAUGCUCAGCGGCGGACUCCAGACUCCACCUUCUCUGAGACCUUCAAGGAGGGCGUUCAGGAGGUUUUCUUCCCCUCGGACCUCAGUCUGCGGAUGCCGGGCAUGAACUCAGAGGACUAUGUGUUUGACAGUGUUUCUGGGAACAAUUUUGAGUAUACCUUAGAAGCAUCCAAGUCGCUGCGGCAGAAGCCGGGAGACAGCACGAUGACGUACCUCAACAAAGGCCAGUUCUACCCCGUCACCUUGAAGGAGGUGAGCAGCAACGAAGGGAUCCACCACCCCAUCAGCAAAGUUCGAAGCGUGAUCAUGGUGGUUUUUGCGGAAGACAAGAGCAGAGAGGAUCAGCUACGGCACUGGAAGUACUGGCACUCUCGCCAGCACACGGCUAAACAAAGGUGCAUUGACAUAGCUGACUAUAAAGAAAGCUUCAAUACCAUCAGUAAUAUCGAGGAGAUUGCUUACAAUGCCAUUUCCUUCACCUGGGACAUUAACGAUGAAGCAAAGGGAGCCGAACGGAAAAUCAGGGAUGAAGAACGAAAGCAAAGUAAAAGAAAAGGCAAGUGUCCUGACCCCAGCUCCCGGGUGAAUGCCUUUUCUGAUGUCAAAGUGCCGCUGCUUCCCUCACACAAACGAAUGGACAUCACGGUGUUCAAGCCCUUCCUCGACCUCGACACACAGCCUGUGCUCUUCAUUCCUGACGUGCACUUUGCCAGCCUGCAGCGGGGCGCCCAUGUUCUUUCUAUUGCUUCAGAAGAAUUGGAGGGCGAAGGGUCUGCCUUGAAAAGGGGGCCGUAUGGAACGGAAGAUGACUUCGCGGUCCCCCCUCCCGCGAAGCUGGGCCGGGCAGAAGAACCUAAGAGAGUGUUGCUGUACGUGCGGAAGGAGUCAGAAGAAGUCUUUGAUGCCCUCAUGCUCAAGACCCCGUCCUUGAAGGGCUUGAUGGAGGCUAUCUCAGACAAAUACGAUGUGCCCCAUGACAAGAUUGGGAAAAUAUUCAAGAAGUGCAAAAAAGGGAUCCUGGUGAACAUGGAUGACAACAUUGUGAAGCAUUACUCUAAUGAGGACACCUUCCAGCUGCAGAUCGAGGAGGCGGCGGGCUCGUACAAGCUCACGCUGACGGAGAUCUGA